CUGACGUCACUAAUUUAACAACAGCAGCACUUCCCUUUCGAGACGCUUCGCCAUAACAACGCGUUCCUCGCGGUUUCAUCCCGGUUUGUCUUCGUAAAAGAAAUGCAGCCGAGAAAGCAACACGUUCUGCUCCUCUGGUUGAUUUUCUACUCCAGCAUGGCGGAGGCGCUGGAACCCAUUAGCACCACCAUCGCAGUAGGAAUGGCCGCGGCUCUCACCGGAAUUUUAGCGAGAUACCAGAACAUUUUCUACUACUUCCACGAAUGCUGCCGGCCCGAGUGGAUAUCAUUCAAUAUAACAAGGCUCAAGACGGACCUGGACAACAAGCUGUUCGGACAGCACAUUGCGUCCCGCAUCAUCUUAAAAGCCGUGAACGGCUUCAUGAGCAACACGAACCCGAAGAAGCCUCUGGUGCUCUCUCUCCAUGGGUGGACCGGCACCGGGAAGAACUUUGUGAGCCAGCUCAUCGCCGAAAGCGUUUACGCUGAAGGAAUGCACAGCCGCUUCGUCCACGUGUUCACGUCCACGCUUCACUUCCCUCAUGUGGAGCACAUAGCCACCUACAAGUCUCAGUUGCAGCAGUGGGUCAGAGGCAAUGUGACCAACUGUGAGCGCUCCAUGUUCAUCUUUGAUGAGAUGGACAAGAUGCAUCCAGGCUUGAUUGACAGCAUCAAGCCGUACCUGGACUACUAUGACAAGCUGGACGGGGUGUCUUAUCGGAAAUCCAUCUUCAUCUUCCUCAGCAACGCAGGAGGAGACGGCAUCAUCCAGACGGCUCUGGAGUUCUGGAAAGCGGGAAAAAAUCGAGAGGAGAUCGAGCUCAAAGACCUGGAAACGACUCUCUCGCUCUCCGUGUUCAACAACAACAAAAGCGGCUUCUUUCGUACAAGUUUGAUCGACAAGAACCUGGUGGACUUCUUCGUUCCCUUCCUGCCUCUGGAGUACCAGCACGUGGUCCAGUGCGCCAUGGCCGAGAUGAAAGCCAGAAACCUCGAACCCAGCCCCAACGUGGCAGACCAGGUGGCCAGGGAUUUGGUUUACUUCCCCAAAUCUGAGCGAGUGUUCUCCGUCAAAGGCUGCAAGACGAUAGAGAGCAAACUGGACUUCUACACGUAGAUGUGCGCAUCUAAAGGACAUAAAGACGAGUCACUAAGUGCACUUUUUUUUUUAGAAAAAGAACUUUGCAGCCAAAAUGACUAGAGACAGGAAGCCAGUCUGGCUGAAGAGUAUUUAGUGAAGGUUUCUCUGUCUGACCUUGUGGCCUUCAAGCCAUCAGGAGGCCUUCUCACUUACACUCAGCGCCAGCCGGAUGAAAUAUUCAAGCGGUCAGAGCGAUUAGUCACUUGCUAAAGAGCUUAAUCUCUGCUUUUAUGUCGCCAGUCUUGGACGGUUGUGUUUGCUUGGAAAAACUCUUAAGUAUUGACGUCUUCCUGUCAGGGAAUCCCGUUUCCCUUUGGAGCCGUUCUCCAACGUGGUCUUGACGUGAACGGAUCGCCUUAAAUCUUUGUCUCACAGUUUUUCAUCGAAUUUUACAUGUCAACAGCUGUUCAUUUACCUCAAUAAACGAGCAGUUGGUGGUGUAGGUGAGGUGAAAACAGGAAGUCUCCUUUUUUAAAACUUAAAUAUAGUGUCAUUUAUUCUGCACUGUUAAACCUCACUGCACUGCAAAGAUUACACCAGUGAAAUUAAGUGUUGUAACGUGAUUUGUUUUUAAGAAACUCAGGAUUGUCGUCUUAUCAGUUCUGAUCGUCUGAAUGGAAACGGUUUGGGUUGGCGUUUCCCCAAUCAAAGCGCUACAUUGCAUGUAAUAUACGGUGAUUCUCCAAUGUCAGGUUUUUGUUAUGAAAAGAAAACGAGACCAUGACAAAUCGCUUUAAAACAUUUCCACAUGUAAUGUUGGGGGUAAAUUUAUCGUUAUGACAACAUAAUGCAGUGAAAUGAUAUUUUAAAUUUAGAAGGUAAAGGUUUUAGGGAAUUAACUUAGACAUUGACCUGAAGCCAUUUUGUAAUAAGUCCUUGCUAAGAUGGACAUUUAUUUCAUUUUUCCAGCACUCAGACAGAUGAUAAUCUAUGAUUCUUGUUUUCAGGAAACCAAAAGGAGAAAGACCUUAACACUUAAAUUUUUUUGGAAGACUUGACUUGCACACAUUAUCACAUAUUGCAUGUUCUCCUAAUUUUGUACAAUUCUAAUACAGAUGAGCUGAAAAAUAAAUCAGUUGGAAAGCAUUAGCUUAGCUGCAGUAGCCUAGUUUUAUAAACUUCAAACUUUAUUAAUGUAAGCAUCUAAGCAUCUGGUGCUGGGUUAACAAUCGUCAUCCUAUAGCUGCCAACUUCGUGACUUUGUUGCUGUAUUUAGUAAUUUUUAAGACAAAAAUAAAAAAGCCAAAAUUGGAAUCAGCAGGUCAUUCAUUUAAAAAAUCUGUGGUCGGUGAUCGGCCAAAAAACUGCAAUCAGUGCACUCCUAAUUGACAUAGCAAAGAUCAGCUUAGACACAAUAUUUGCUCUGGGCGUUUUUGAUGUAUUUGACCAAUAGGAUGGACUCUGCUCUUAAUGUUUACACCUGAGCUAUAGUUUUAGUGGCUGAACUGCUCAUUGAGGACGGUAAAAUUAAAUUUGGGGUAAUAAUUAAUAGUGCUGGAAUUUUCAGCAAGAGAAUCAGUUAUACAUUUUCGUGCUGUUGUGCAAAUCUAGUGUUUACUCAAGUAGGCUGAAAGAUGAAAUUGAGUUUGAGGUUCUUCACAAUUAUUAAACUGCAUCUUUGCAAGAAAACAAAAAAAUCCUUUUCAACAGAUUUUUUUUGUACAGAAUAAAUGUUACAUUAAUGUUGGAAAAAGUUUAGAUUUGUUUCAGUGCCAUACUAAGAGGGGCAUCUAUGCUUUUUUGGAGCUACUGUAUUCUACUUUCUAAGCAGUGGGAGGAAGUUUAUCUCUGUUGGUUGUACAAGUGUUAAGAAGAAAGCAAACCUUUUCAGUGUGACUGUUUCUGUUUACCUCUGAAUGUGAAUUUCUGCUGUGCAUAGAAAGCUCCUUGGCUGUACAUACCACCAAGCAUUCAGAUCACAGCUAAUAAUAAAACAUGUUUUUGAAUA